UUUUUUAUAGAAAAUAUGUAACUAUAUUUUUUAAUAACAUUAUGACAUCAUCUUCCGGUGAUUUUUGCCGGAAAAUAAUUUCGGGUUGUAAUUUAAAAUGGAUGUAUAAGUUUAAGGUUGUAAUUGGCAAAAAUAGAAAUUUGAGGUUGUAAUUGGCAAAUAGAAAACUUUAUUAGGUUGUAUUUCACAAAUUUUCCUGUAUAAGCACCGGAUGUAUAGAGUAUCUAUAAUCUAUCUAUCUAUAACUAUAUACUAAAAGAGACACCAGGAAUGACACGUGUCAUCUCCUGGUGAAUCCUUUAGUAUUUUUCUUUUUUUAAUUAUUUUUUAACUAUUUAAAAAUAAAAUUCUAUGUUUUUCCAUAAAAUUCCAAAUAAUUAAUAAUAAUAGAAAAAGUUUUAAAAAAAAUGUGAAAUAUUAUAAUCAGUUUAGUAAAUUGACCGCAUCUUUACCAAAAUUUUCAAAUGAACGAUCAUAAUAGAAAAAGACAGAAAAAAAAUCCUAAAAACGUGAUAUCCUGUGGAAAAGAUACCACCAUUUUUUUUAACUGAUAUCCUAAAAACGUGGGCAAAGAUCCUGUUGCACAAAAUCCUGUGUGAAGUGGAAGAGAUCCUGUUGAAAAGAUCCUAUAGAAUAAUUAUCAGUUACAAAAAUUUUGGAUUAAAUGGAAUUAUAAACCAAUUCCUAAAAACGUGGAGUUUCUAAAAUUUAGGGGAUAGAAACAGUUUACAGUUGAUAAAAUUCCCUUAGAAAUAGAAAAGAAAAGAAAAGAAUAAAAUUAAUCUACGUUUUACAUUAUGUAGUUCACGUUCAAUUUUUUUAAUAAUUCCCCGAGUCCUGCAAAAUAGGAAAGCAUAGAACAAAAUUUAAAAAAAAAUCACAUAAACUACGUACAAAACUUAUAAAUUACGAAAUUUUAGGGAAUUAUAAAUUUAUAAAAUACUCCCUACUUAUCCAGUAAUCCCAAGAAUCCAGAAUAAUCACAACAAAUUAGGGUAGACUAGAAUUUAACUGGGUAUAUAUACUCCCUUCUCAACCAUCAAUAAUAUCAAACAUCAAUAUACGUGAAGUCUGAGAAAAAAAAUGGCCAAGAAUUUUACACCCAUACACACUAUUAAUCCUUCUAUAGAGAACAUAACGAUUCAAGCAAGGGUUAUCCGACUAUGGAGUGUUCAUGCCUUCAAUAAUCCGAGUGAAACAAAUGCUAUUGAAAUGGUUUUACUAGAUGCAGAGGGAGGCAAGAUUCAAGCUUCUAUUAAAAAGUCUUUCAUCUCAAAAUGGCGGAAUGUUUUCCUCAAAGGACAAGCGUACAAUAUUUCGUAUUUUGGUGUUGGAAAGAAUGCUGGAGACUAUAAACCCACGAUGCAUCCAUACAAAAUUAACUUCAGAAUGUUUACUCAAGCUCAAGCCGUGGAAGUGGUUGCAUCGACCAUUCCUAUAGAUGGUUUUGAUUUUAAGUCAUACGAAGCACUCAAAGAUCUAGACAACAGUGUGUUAAUCGGUAUAAAAAUCUACUAAAUUUUUGGUAUAUUAUAUUUAUUUUUUUAUAUUAUUCGCUUUUAAUAUCAUUUUUUUGUAAAAACAGAUUGUAUUGGAUAUCUUUCUGGAAUAUUAUCAACUGAUCAAUUUAUUAGAGAUGGU